CGCCUGGGGACUCUGCUUUGGCCCCGGCGGCUUUAAGUCCAUUCGGGCCCGGACCGGGAAGCCGCGCUCGCCACUGAGGGGCGUCCCCGGAGGUCUCUCUCUCUUCCCUCCAGCGCUCCCCACCAAGCAGCCCCCUUCCCCGGCUGCUUCUGCUUCUCCUCCGCCGAGCUGGUUCGCCCCUCUCUCCUCCUCUCGAUGCGUGUGGAAUAACUGCGGCGAUGACUGCGUGGAAGCGGUUCGAGGCUUUGCUGGUGGUGCUCGGCGCGGGCUUCCUCACUGCAGCUCAGGGUCAGAACUGUGGAGGUUUAGUACAAGGCCCCAAUGGGACGAUAGAAAGCCCAGGAUUCCCUCAUGGCUACCCAAAUUACGCCAACUGCACAUGGAUCAUAAUCACAGGCGAACGAAACAGGAUACAGUUGUCAUUCCAUACUUUUGCCCUGGAAGAAGAUUUUGAUAUUCUGUCCGUUUAUGAUGGGCAGCCGCAACAAGGGAAUCUGAAAGUGAGGCUUUCUGGAUUUCAGCUGCCAUCAUCUCUUGUGAGCACAGGUUCUAUUCUGACGCUUUGUUUUACAACUGAUUUUGCCGUCAGCGCCCAAGGAUUCAAGGCUAUCUACGAAGUGCUGCCCAGCCAUACCUGUGGCAACCCUGGGGAAAUACCUAAAGGCAUUCUUCAUGGCACAAGGUUCAAUAUUGGAGAUAAAAUCCGAUAUAGUUGCAUCGCAGGCUACAUCCUGGAAGGCCAUGCUGUGCUGACAUGUUUCAUGAGUCCUGGAAACGGAGCAUCGUGGGAUUUCCCAGUGCCAUUUUGCAGAGCUGAAGGUGCUUGUGGGGGUACCCUCCGUGGGACCAGUGGGAUUAUUUCAAGUCCUCACUUCCCUUCAGAGUACGACAAUAACGCAGACUGCACAUGGACCAUUCUUGCAGAGCCAGGAGACACCAUUGCUCUGGUUUUCACAGAUUUCCAAUUGGAAGAAGGCUAUGAUUUCUUAGAGAUCAGUGGCACUGAAGCCCCGUCCAUAUGGUUGACUGGCAUGAAUCUGCCUUCACCUGUUAUCAGCAGUAAAAACUGGUUACGGCUCCAUUUCACUUCUGACAGUAAUCACAGACGGAAAGGGUUUAACGCUCAGUUCCAAGAUUAA